AUGUCAGGAUCAAAACAGGGAUCCGAAAAAGCGUCCAUAACGAGUCUAAUAGAUAGUGAAGAGCAAGGAGAUGAAGCAACAUCAGUAAGCACACAGAAUCAAAGCCCAAAAACCCAAAUUACACAAACGGAAAAUGUUGAGGUUCAAAAUAGCGAUCUAAAAGUCACUGAAAACAAACCAAAAAACACUGAAAUGAAGCCUACAGACCCAAAUACAAACGCUAGUACCACAGAAAACACCCCUAUAACCACUAGCAAUGCCCAAGUUUCCGAGAAAUCCGAAAAAACCGUGCCGGCGUGGAUGCGAGAACCGGAAGAAGCUCAAAAUCGGUACGACCGAUACGUUCCGAGGGUCGAUAAUAGACGAAGGGGAGAGCCCAGGGUGGCAGAAGUGCGCCAGGAUCCUCGGUAUGCGAAAUAUUUGCGUCAGGACCAAGAAGAACGACGCAUACGACGUCCUGAUGACGAAUAUGAAGGCGACCAUAAGAGAAGAAGACCCGAAAUGGUGACCCAGUUUGACGACCGAAGACAGGGGACUCGAAAAAACCAUCCUGGUCAAGCAGGGCAGCUGGAAAGUGAAGAAAAUGGCGACGAACAGCAGGGCGACGAUGAAGAGGAGACUCCUGGCAACGAAGAACCAGUAGAAGCGCAACCGUAUUCACGUCUUGCGACGUCCGUUCAGUCUACGCAACACUACCACACGUUCCAGAGCCAUAUUGCCAACAAAGAGAACAAAGAUAUCAACAGUAUUGUUCGGUCGCAUUACAACCAGCGCACGAUCCAGUCGAAAAUGCAGGGCUCUCGAACCAAAUCUCCCAUUUACAAGCUCCGGAACUUUAACAAUGCGGUCAAAUACAUGCUUUUGGGCAAUCAUGUACGCAAAAAUCCCAAUCCCGGACUGCCUACGGUGAUUCUCGACAUGUGCUGUGGUAAAGGAGGAGACCUUAACAAGGCUGAAUUCGUUGGCGCCGAUCAAUAUGUGGGAAUAGACAUCUCAGACGCUUCGGUAAAAGAAGCUUUCCAUCGGUACCGGCGCAAUAAAGCUCGGUUUAUUCCCAGAGACGGUGGUCGAGCCGGCCAGAGAGAUUCACGAAAGUACAAUUUCGAAGCAUGUUUUGCUACUGGUGAUUGUUUCCAGCAAUCAAUACCGGAAAUUUUGGAACCCAACUUCCCGGGAAUCGUCAAUGGUUUGUUUCCAGUAGACUGUGUUCUGAUCCAAUUUUCAAUGCAUUAUUCGUUUGAAUCCGAGGAAAGAGUGAGGACAAUGCUCAAUAAUGUUUCCAAAUCUUUGCGUCCUGGAGGUACUUUUGUCGGCACUAUUCCCUCAUCUGACUUUAUUCGUGACAAAAUUGUUAACAAGGAUUUCCUUCCUGGAACAAAUAAUAAGUUUGGCAAUGAACUUUAUUCUGUCACAUUUGACCGAACUCCGCCAUCCGACGGAAUAUUCCGGCCUCCGUUCGGGAACAAAUAUGACUAUUUUUUGAAGGAUGCCGUAGACAACGUUCCCGAAUAUGUUGUUCCCUUCGAAGUAUUCCGGCUGAUGUGUGAAGAGGUAGGUUUAACUUUACGCUACAAGAAAAAUUUCAUUGAGAUUUUUAACCAAGAAAUUCCCAAAUAUUUUCACAAACUUAAUCGCAAUUUGGUAGACGGAAUGAAGAGGGCGGACGGCAAGUAUGGGGCGGAAGGGGCGGAAAAAGAAGCCGUUAGUUUCUAUUUGGGGUUUGCGUUUGAAAAGCUUGGUUGA